GCGUGUAUGUAAGCUCAGUGGGACUGUUGCCUGCGACACGAGCGCACGCGCAAGAUGGUGCCUCUCAUUUUAUUGUUAUUCGUUUCAUACGCAAACGGAGAAUUUGACGCAGAUUGCAUAACACCGACCGGACUCCCCAGCCACUGCGUGUCGCUUAACGAGUGCGACAAGCUGAAACCCCUGAUACGGCGGCCGGCUGAAGAGCGGGAGACGUUGAAGCAAUGGCACUGCGGCUUCGAAGGUGACGUGCCUACGGUAUGCUGUCCACCCACGAGCCCAAAAUCCCAAUGUUUCACACCCUUGGGAACGCCAGGGAUCUGCGUGGCGCAGGUAGCUUGUGCAAGCAUAAUGAAACUACUGAAACCCCCCAUUUCGAGGGAAACUCUAGACUUCGUCAGUAGAUCAAAAUGUAAAGGACCUUCAGAGUUGAACGUUUGCUGUGAGGAACCUUUUAGAGUACGAACACCCAUUGCCGAAGACAAGGAUAAAAUCCAAGCAUCAUCUAACAACCCUACCGAUGCGCCGAUAUUUGAUGACAAUAUUAUUACAGCUAUGACAGCGCCGGAUGUAUUUAUAACACCCAAUCCCAUAACGAUAGAUGACACUUCAAUUCCCGAUGUAGACAAUGUCCUGCCACUUAGUAUUGACAGAGUAGAUAAGUUUGACAAGCGAUGCAAAGACGCGGGAAUACCCGAGCCCAAUAGCGGAUGCUGCGGGAUUGAUAGCGCUGGUGGUAACAGAAUCUUUGGUGGCAAUGAGACUGCUAUCGACCAAUACCCUUGGCUUGCACUCAUAGAAUAUGCUAGCAAAGCUCUGAUGUGCGGCGGGUCGCUUAUCAGCAGACGCUAUGUGCUCACGGCUGCCCACUGCCUCGUCCGACACGAUAUGAAGAAGAGAGACGCAGUGUCAGUCCGUCUUGGCGACUACAAUAUUACUAACGAUGGUUACGACUGUAUUGAAGUUGACGGUGAUGGUAACGAUUGCAAUCAAGACCCUGUUACAAUAAGAAUAGAGCAGACAAUCCUGCAUCCAGAGUACAAAAUACAACAGACGGUUAUGGAAGCCAAUGAUAUCGCGUUGAUUCGUCUUCAAGAAUCUGUCAAAUACAGCGAUUUCAUCAGACCCAUCUGCCUGCCGUUCACCGACUCCCUGACGCCGCCACCCAGCGGCCUGUACCUAUAUGCCGCCGGUUGGGGAGCCGUCAGUGAGACCGUGUCCACCAGCGAGAUCAAAUUCCACGUCGAUUUACCGUUCACAGAACCGAGUGUCUGCAGCAAGCUAUACUCGAUACGGGGCAAGCCCAUCAUCUGGGACAGGCAAAUAUGCGCGGGCGGCGAGUUGAACAAGGACUCCUGCAAGGGUGACUCCGGAGGUCCGCUGAUGCGAGCUGACGAUAAGACCUACGAAGUCGUCGGUAUCACGAGUUUCGGGAUCAGGCAGUGCGGGAACAAAGGUCGCCCGAGCGUGUACACCAAGGUGUAUGCUUACAUGGACUGGAUAAAGAGCGAAGUUAAGCCAUGAUUUAAUGACACGGAUUAAAAAACGGUCAAAGAUGGGUGCUGUUUUGGGCGAUGUGGACAAUUGGUGGUGAUGAUGUUAAAAUAAUGAAUAACUGAUGGUGAAAUAAGUGAUCAUUAAGAUAACAUCCAAAACUGAUUUUCGAUAAGUUUAAUGUGUCCAAAAUCAUUCAUAUAAUGUAACAACAUCUUAAGUUUUAUUCACGCAACAGACUUUUACCUUGCUCUGAGAAAGUGGGAUAAGUUUCAUUUGUGAUUAAAUUUUCGCUACUCUUAAGAGCAAUAUGUGUUACGUUUUGCUUAUAUUUAAUAAACACAAAUGUUAAAAUACGAGAUUAUGUUGCAAACAUAUAUAGCGAAGCUUAACGAAAUAGAUCUUUACAAGUAUUCAUUUUCUAACAGUUUUUUUAAAAAUACUUAAAUAAGUAAGAAUAUAAUUAAAAAAUAUUGAAUAGUGUUUAAUUAUGAUCGAAAUACUCAUUAUUUAUAUUUUAAUUAAAUAUCAAAGUAUUUAUUUAUUUAUGUAUAAUUGCUCUGGUAAUAAUUACAAAUUGUGACUUAACCUAGGUAAUAUUAUCACAAACAGUAUGUAAAGUAUAUAUAUGAAUUUCAUAGUUCACCUACCCUAAACAAAGACAAAUAAUAAUUUCAAUGAAUUUGUAAAGUGUUUAUUAAAUUGUAUCGUAUAUAGCGUAGUAAUUAAGACAGUGUUGUGAUUAUUUAUAAAAAUGUACCACGUGAUAUAAAAGUAAUGUUUAAAAUAUGAUCCGCCUUAACAAGAUGCCCUCGGCUGCGUACCAGUAAAUUCGGAGAAGUUGAAUAGUUGAAUAGAUGAUACAUAUAACUUUCAUCUUGAAUCAUUCUAAACAUAUAGAAAACCCCAUCGAAAUUCGGUGCGUAGUAAAGAUGUAAGCAUACAUAGGGACAUAGGCACAAAGCGACUUUGUUUUAUACAAUGUCGUGAUACGUUAUAUAAUAAUUGUAUAUGUCUGACUGAUUACGAAGAAGAUUUUAUGUACUUUCAAAAAGUUUACGAUAUAUUAACCGAUAGUCUAGUUUUCUUUAUUUUUUAUUUAUUUAUUCUUCUAAGGUUUGCAUCUAUUGUUGCUGUUUUUUUCUAGAAUAUUUUGAUUUAAAUAGAAACAAAACGCGU